CCUCAUCUCAACACUCAAUCAGCUUCGUUUGCUUCUGGGUUUACGUAGCGGGGCAGGUUACAGGUUACAAGCAAGCAAUCAAACCGUUACAACCUACAUCAUGUACGGAUUGCGCUGCGUCAGUGCGCUGCUGCUCGUGGGCUGUCUGCUGAACGUGGUCGCAGUGUGUUGGUCCGACCUUACCACGCUACGGUACGACACGACGACAGGCGACGCCGAGUCUAGCACGGCACCAUACACGGACGUCCCGAGCACGGUGCAGCCAGCGGAACUGGCACCGGGUGCUGCCGCCGACUACGUCGAUGCGGUCGAGUGGGCCGAACCGAGCGCGUACGAUGUGUACUGCAGGCCGGACCUCUGCCUGCGCUACAACCGGGCCGGGCUGCUCGAGGCCAAGCGGCACGUGGCCUGCGGUUUUAACGGCUCGUUUGCGGACGCGUGCCCACCGGGCCGGAUGAUACUGAAGAUUGACGCGCAGCUGCGCGCCUACAUACUCCACCUGCACAACGAGGUGCGGGACCGGUUGGCGCGGGGCGAUGAGGCUGGCUUUGCGGCCGCCUCCAGGAUGCCCACGGUGACUUGGGACGAUGAGUUGGCGAAUUUGGCCGAAAUUAACGUGCGUAGCUGCAGGUUCGAGCAUGACGAGUGCCGCAGCACCUACCAGUAUCUGCACGCCGGGCAAAACCUGGCCGUCGGGUCCUACUACCUUGAGACGGACAUCUUCGAGAUCAUCCACAACCUGACCGGGCUGUGGCACCGGGAGUACCUCGACACGACCCAGGAAGUGUUGGACAAGUACACGACCGACUACCAUGCUACGAUCGGGCACUACACGCAGAUGGUUUCCGACCGCACGACCGCGAUCGGGUGCGGCGUGGUCAUCUACCCGAAAAAGAUGGAGGACUUUGUGUUCAAGAUGGUGCUGUACGCGUGCAACUACGCGAUUACCAGCAUCGUGCAUCAGCCAAUCUACCGGAAGGGCGAGCCGGCGAGCCGCUGCCGCACGGGCACCAAUCCGGACUAUGCCGGGCUGUGUAGCUGGGAGGAAAAUCAGUUUAUUAAAGCGGUGCCUGCGUAUGCUUGAGCGUAGUCCGAUGUG